AAUGCUGCCCCGGAAGUAAUGUCACUCAAAAUAUUAUAUUAUGCAUUUAUUGUAAACUAUAAGCCUUGCUAGUGCGGUGCAUGCAUGGCUGUUGAAUAGGAUUAAUUUCCAUUUUUGCCUCCAUUUUGCUCAAGUGUAGCUAAUGUUUACGGAGAUUUCUAUUUUAGAAGCGUUUUGUCAUAAGUAUCAUAGUUACAGUCAGCUAGCUAGCUACUACGGUAGAUAGCUUUGUGAUGCUGGCUGUUUCGAAUGUAGCUAGCUGCGUCCACAUGACCAGAGCAAACAAAUCUGCCUGACAGCUAGACGUGUGGGUCAGAGUAUACAGAAUACAAGAAGAACGAGGGCCGCAAUGUCAAAUUCUCUGAAGUAAAAUCCGUCUGUGAAACUUCCUGGAGCCGGUGCGGUUGUCCUCAAGCUAAAACAACGCGUCUUCGUUUAGGUGUCAUGUCCUUUCUUUGGACCAGCGACCUGGUCAGGGAUCCCAGAAAUGCUUGUCUGGCCAUUCGCCCAGGACUCCUGAAAUCUUCAGACUUCCAAUAAGCUCUUCUGCUAUCCUCACGGGGCAGAAGACUCCACAGCCUUUCAAUGGGUAACUGUUGCUGCCGACAGUCCAAACCCUGCAAUUCUGAGGAAGAAACUAGUGGUUUGUUAAACAAUGCUACUAAGACCACAGUGACACCAGCAGAGUCGGAGGUGGGGGCAUGUGUCCAGUACAACAGUUCUGUUAAGCAGUUGAGUGAGGACAAUGCAAACAACAAGAAGGAAGGAAAGUUGGAGGUGGUAGUGAAUGUUCAGAGGCUACAGGGUGCCUCGCCCCGAAAACCCACUGUGGAGGACGUUACGAAGGCUACCAAGAAUGGACCUUUACAUUCUAAAUGUAGCCAGACUAAGUCUCCCUCUCCGCGUCCAUGCAUUGACAAUGCACUCCAAACCAUCUCCAUCCCCACAGUGCAGGAUCGAGACAAAGGUGACGCGGCCACUGUGACCAGCCCUGAGAAAAGUCCAUCCGACCCUGCCCUUAAGGAAUGUGCUAUAGCUACUGAGGGAAAAGUCUCUAUCGAGGUCCAGAGUUAUGUUCCUUGUGCCCUGGAGGAACCUUCUGCCGUCGUGAAGAACGACAUCUCAGAAGCUGCCGCAACUCAGGCUGAGAAGAAAUGCCUUGAUGCCCCCUGCUCCCCCAAGGCACAGAUCCUAACUGAGAACCUCAUCGUCCAGGCUGCAGAUGCUGGUGCUGAUUCAGGAGCAGGACUCGUCCAUACUGUAGAUGCACCCUCGGAGGAAGGUUUCCAUGGCAAGGAGGACGUUCCUGUGAACGACUCUGAGGUUACUCUUAAGGCCUAUGAGGAGAGCUCUGUGCCCAGCAAAGGUGAUGAGAACUGGGUACAGUCAACCUCCUCUGGAAACAUCUCUCGUCCACUCUCACCCUCAUCUGGAUUUGUCACAGACUCUGUGAUGAAAGUAGUUAACUCAGAGAAGAUGGUCACCACGGCGACGAACACAGAUGACACCCCGAGUGACUUGAGCCAUGCCAGUCACAUGGCCUCUCCUGCACCUGUGGCGACAGGAGCCAAGCAGAGCAGCCUGACUGACAACAUCUCUGCUCUGCCUGAGGAGACAGUCGCCAAGAGGCACUCAGGCAUUAGUCUGAAGUCCUAUGAGGAAAAGAAAGUGACCCUCUGUGAGCAGAUUGGCUUGACCGAGGUGCCAUCCCUGGAUGACCUCAUAGGGGAAGAGGAGGAAAAAGUAGAGUUGGAGAGGAAGGAGUUUUGUCAGACAAAGGCCAUAGCGAAGGAGGGAGAGAGUGAUGAGCUUGGCCUGAAUGGAGAGAUGAAGCAGGGCCUGGACGGAGAGGAUAAGCAUAAGGUGGAGCAGGGGCUGAAGGUGGAGGUAAAGCAGGGCCUGGAAUUGGAGGUAAAGCAGGGCCUGGAGGUGGAGAAGAAGCAGGGCCUGGUGGUGGAGGUAAAGCAGGGCCUGGAGAUGGAGGAGAAGCAGGGCCUGGAGAUGGAGGAGAAGCAGGGCCUGGAGAUGGAGGUGGAGGAGAAGCAGGGCCUGGAGGUGGUGGAGAAGCAGGGCCUGGAGGUGGAGGUGGAGAAGAAGCAGGGCCUGAAGGUGGAGGUGGAGGAAAAGCAGGGCCUGGAGGUGGAGAAGAAGCAGGGCCUGAAGGUGGAGGUGGAGAAGAAGCAGGGCCUGAAGGUGGAGGUGGAGGAAAAGCAGGGCCUGAAGGUGGAGGAGAAGCAGAGCCUGAAGUUGGAGGUGGAAGAGAAGCAGGGACUGGUGGUGGAAGAGGAGAUACAGGGCCUGCUGGUGAAGGUCGAGGAGAAGCAGGGACUGGAGGUGGAAGAGGAGAUGCAGGGCAUGCUGGUAAAGGUGGAGGAGAAGCAGGGCCUGCUGGUGAAGGUGGAGGAGAAGCAGGGCCUGCUGGUGGAGGUGGAGGAGAAGCAGGUUAUGGAGGUGGAGGAGAAUCAGGGCCUGGAGGUGGAUGUGGAGGAGAAUCAGGGCUUGGAGGUGGAGGAGAAGCAGGGCCUGGAGGUGGAGGUGAAGCAGGGACUGGAGGGAAAGCAGGGCCCCAGCACGUCUGCUAAGGUCGAGGUGCUUUCUGGGAAGCAGCUGAAUGCCUGUGCUGAACAGGACAUCGCUAGCAGUGAGGAAGACCUUUAUCGAGGGGAGGAAGAGCUUUCUCCAGGGGUCCAGGUCAAACUAGCAACUCAGGAGCCUCUGUUUGAAAUAACAUUGCCUAAAGUGGAGGACAGGUGCAGCCUGGCUGCCCCUGUGGACAUCCUGUCCUAUAGCAAGAGAGAGUGGAAGGGAAACACAGCCAAGAGUAUUCUCAUUCGAAAGGGUUAUGCUGAGCUGGCUCAGAGGUUUGAGAGCCUGAGGAGGGUGAGAGGAGAUAACUUCUGUGCCCUGAGAGCCACGCUCUUCCAAGUGCUCUCCCUCAGCACCCGACUACCUGCCUGGCUGGAAGACAUCUCCAUGUUGCCUCAGGAGCUGCAGUCUCGGGGCCGUCUGAUUGACCAUUGGCUGUUUCCUGUAGAAUGCAGGCAAGGGGAGGGGCCAGAGGAUGCAGUGCAGCAGCUAAAACGCUACAUGGAACUCCUUCAGACCAGGUGGCAGUCAGCAGUGAGCUGCUCCAGCCCGGAGGAGCGCCAGCGUCUGUGUGAACGCGUGUUCCAGGGAGGGGAGGAGGAGCUGGGCCUGAUGGAGGCCCUGAAGGUCCUGAUGCUGGGCAGGGCCCUGGAGCUCCAUGCCAGCAUGCAGCAGGGACAAGAUGUUCCAAUCUUCUGCUGGCUGCUGUUCGCACGCGACUCUUCAGACUGCCCUCGGAGCUUCCUCUCCAACCACCUCAGCCAGGUGGGCUUCAGCGGGGGCCUGGAGCAGGUGGAGAUGUUUCUGCUAGGCUACUCUCUACAGUGUACCAUACAAGCCUACAGACUGUACAUGGCUGACACAGAGGAGUUUGUCACCUAUUACCCCGACGACCAUAAAGACGACUGGCCAGGAGUGUGCCUGGUCACCGAGGAUGACCGUCACUACAACGUCCCUGUGGGAGAAACAGUAGGACUACAGGUCCCAUAAGGCCUUGCUGCAAACUGAUUGAGGCUCAAUGGAAGCUGGGCUUGUGGCUUUGCACAACAUAACUGCACUCCUCAGGUUGAUUUGAGUGACUCUUUUCCCCAUUAAAAUUAUCCCUUUAUUGCCAGAAAGACAUGGACUGCAUUGUGAUCAGUUCUCCAUUGUGUUGGAUGGGCAUGUGACACUCGGCUCUGAGAAGCAUUGUGUUUGUGUGUCUUCUUCCUUGGGGUCUUCAGCCAAAUCUCAUCAUGGUUAAUUUUUAAUGGGUGAUUUAGUGUUUACAAGUCUGGACAAAAGCACAUGCUGUGUACAGUAAUAUCAGGUGUUUCAGAGGAUGUUUCUCACAAAUAUUCUCUUUAGUGAUGUAAUAUUAUUGAGCGGAGGGCAGAACAUGAUCAUUCAUACCAUAACAGAUUCCUCCUGUUCUGAUUGUGUACAUUAUAAGGAAACACUGGAGUUAUUGUGGCACAUUUUGUGUACCAAUCUAUGUCUGUAUGUAGAAAUGUAAUUAUUAUUUGAUUUAUUUUAAGUGUGAAUCAUGUCUUUUAACCCGUAUCCAACUAUUCCCUGUCCUAGCUAACCUGUAACCAUGUGAUCAGAGUGGUGACGUAUGAGCCUGCUUGGUUUUGAAUGGCCCAUCACCUUGCUGCCCAUAAGUAGAUGUGUGUAACAUGUUGCCUUUAACCAAGGU